AUGAAGUUCUCAGCUAUCACCGCCCUCGCAACCUCCUUGGCCACCGUCAACGCCUCUCUGUGCACUUAUGACGACCAUCCAGUAGACGUCCUCCGCUAUUACAUCGGCGCCGAUGGCGUGCCCGAUGUUCUCGGGAUAUGCAACGGAUUCUGGGACAAUGUCAAGCCUCAGUGCAGCGGGCAAUGGCAGGGUGGCCGAGCAGCCAAUGGCGACCUGCAUGCGGAAUUUCAGGCAUAUAGAAAAUGUUUACCGCGGUUUAUUGACGCGGGUUGGUGGCAUGCUACCAAGAGCCAGUGGGGAUCUAUUGAAUGCAAGCUUCGACAGUGA